ACGAUCUUUGUCUCGAAACGUCUUGACGUGUCAUCAGAGGCAGUGAAGGAAGUUUUCGGUCUUGACAUUUUUAGUUUGAAACGGGCUCCCUGUAUUAAAUGUAGUAUUAUUAUUUUUUGUUGGGAAUAAUGUCCCAGCUGCAGUGUGUCUGCUGGUCAACAUGCAGUGGAGGAGACACAUUGCUGGACUCGCUUUUAGUGUCGUUUUCGUUGUGUCAUAUUUCACGAAUAAGUUCGUCCUGUCAGUGUUAAAAUUCACAUAUCCAACCUUAUUUCAAGGAUGGCAGACAUUUGUCGGGGCUUUCCUGCUCUUACUCUCUGGGAAGUUUGGAUGGGUGGAAAUGAGCCGCAUCACCAGAUCAGCGGCUCUUUCCUGGCUUCCAGGCUCCCUCCUGUUUGUGGGAAACAUUUAUGCUGGUUCAAGAGCUUUAUCACGCAUUGACAUUCCUUUUUUCUUCACUCUUCAGAAUUCCUCCCAUGUUGUCAGUUACAUAAUCCUGAAGGUUGUCCAUAGAGAGAAGACCCAGUGGCUGAAACUUGUCAGCAUAUGUUUCAUGCUGCUGUCCGCCAUCAACCUCCCCAUGUAUGACCCUCAGUUUGACAUCAGUGGUUACGUGUGGGCUGUUGGUCACCUGCUCUGCGUCGGUGGAUACAGAGUGUUUCAAGUUCACUACAAAUCCAGUAAUUUGAGUGACCUUGAGCAGCAGUGCAUUAACUACUUGUUCAGCGUACUGCUGCUGGCCAUUGCCGCUCACCCAACAGGGGACCUCAUGGGUGCCAUGGAGUUUCCCUCGCUUCAGUCCUACACAUUUCACUGUGGUUGCUGUGCCAGCGCACUGCUGGGGUUUUUGUUGCUGCUGGCCACAGUCAAACUAAAGAGUGGGUUGACCCUUGAGCACUUUGAGGUGUGGAUAUUUCUGUCUAAGAUCACUGCCAUGUCCCUGUCCCCAUUUGUUUUCAACAUGGACAUAAACACUCCCUCCCUUAUUUGUGUGGUCGCCAGUCAUGUUGGAGAGGCCCUGCUGGUGUAUUCUCAGAGAGACUCUCAGUUGUGAUGAAUUAGAAACAUUUCAGCUACGCCCAAAGAGAUUCUGUUCUAUAAAAAUGUAACUUAUUUUUGUAACUUUGAUCUAUGCACUGACAAUCUGCUGACCAAAUAAACUAUCUUUUGUGCCUCC